AUGGGCAGCAAGAUGGCUUCCACCACCAGGGUCUCGCAGGUAGCAAAGCCACAUGCUCUGUUAACAAAGUUCCCUAACAGAGGAGACAAACCUAAGCUCAGUGCCUCAGAAGCUUUGGGUUCUGCCGCGCCACCCUCCCACUCCUCUGUCAUUUCACAGCAUUCUAAAGGAAGUACAUCCCCAGAUUUACGGAUGCUUCAGGGGCCACCAGACACGACAGAAACAAUAAAGUCAUUACCUCAGAAAUACAGAAGGAAACCUAUGUCUCAAGAGAAAAUGGAAUUUAUCCAGCGUGGGGGUCCAGAGAGAUCAUCGUGGCUGCUGCUUGUCCCCAGACAGAAGGAUUAGCUUUACAAUAAAGGACUUCCACAGCGUCAAAUGAA